UUCACAUCGCAACGCUGCGAUAACGAUAACCUCGGCUGUAGGCUAGAGAUGCCGGUAAAUUCAUACUACAGAAUAUUCUCCACCAAGUGGAACUGCUCCUGCGUUCCUCUUCCAUCUCCUUCAAAUUAUCACGGCUAUUUUGUUUUGAGCUGGGUUUAAUAUUGUUCCUUGUUCUUUAAUUAUCGUCUCUGUAGGGGUUAGUAAGAAAAUGAAUCCAACAACUGUAAGCAUUGGUCGCGUAGUCGUUUCCAAAUUCCUCAGGAACAAUAAUUUUAGCUACAAUCGGGUUACUAAAAAUGUGAGGUUAUUCAGUGCUAUCGCCAAUGAACCCUUCGAAUUUAUCAAACUAUCGAAAACCGGCGAAAAGCAGAACGUAGGGCUGAUCCAACUCAACCGCCCCAAAGCCCUAAACGCCCUCAACAAUGCCCUGAUCACCGACAUCGCCAACGCGCUGGACAAGCUCGAAUCCGACAAAUCCGUGGGAGCGAUCGUCAUCACCGGCAACGAGAAGGCCUUCGCCGCCGGAGCCGAUAUCAAAGAGAUGGCCAACAAGACCUUCUCGCAGUGCAUCACCGAGGGCUUCAUCGAAAACUGGACCAGAGUGGCCAACACGAAGAAACCCGUAAUAGCCGCUGUGAACGGCUACGCUUUAGGAGGCGGUUGCGAAUUGGCGAUGAUGUGCGACAUCAUUUACGCCGGAGAAACGGCCAGGUUCGGCCAGCCGGAGAUUCUGAUCGGGGUGAUUCCCGGAUCGGGGGGCACCCAGAGGUUGAUAAAGUCCGUUGGGAAAUCUAAGGCGAUGGAAAUCGUUUUAACAGGGAACCAGAUCAACGCGCAAGAAGCCGAGAAAAUGGGUCUGGUGAGCAAGGUCUUCCCCGUGGACAAGCUGCUGGACGAGAGCGUGAAACUCGCUGAAAAGAUUGCUGCUAAUUCUCAAAUCGCCAAUGCUUUGGCUAAAGAAAGCGUCAACGUCGCUUUGGAGAGCACCUUGCAGGAAGGUUUGCGCUUCGAAAGGAGAAUGUUCCACGCUUUAUUCGCCACUAAGGAUCAGAAAGAAGGUAUGGCUGCAUUCGUCGAGAAGAGGAAACCUAAUUUCACCCACGAAUGAUAUUUGUACACCAAUCCUAUUAUGAAUGAAGAUACUUUUCUAACUCAAAUUUGUUAAAUAAAUUGUUUAUAUUUUU